UUGAUACUUACUGAACAAGCCAAGCAUUUUGGGGAAGAAAUUAUUUCCUUCAUUUCAGCUCUCCGACGCAACGAACCAAAGAAUCGAAGCCGCGAAGGAGAACUGACCGGGAGAUACCAGAGAGCAGAGCUCUUUUUUUCCAACGGAAGUAUCAAUUUCCCGACGCGGAGCACUGGACAGCGCUCUGUGGAUGCGGCGGUGAUGAUCGUUGGUGAUUCUUCUCCUGUGCUUCUCAAGAGACGGAGGCUCACCACUCUCGAUUCCAUGGAAGCUCAAGAAGCCAAGGCCAAGUUUGAUGCCGUGAAAGAAAAGUUUGGGCGGGAUCUUCGUGUUUUCGAAACCUCACUUGUCUCUGCAUCCCCAAGUCAGGUGUCCAAUGAUGAUGAGUCGGAUGAGUUUUAUGAGUUCACAGCAGCGGACUAUUAUCGACUUCUUGGAACAAAGAAAGAAGAUAAACAGCUGAAGACAAGGAAACUCCGUGAAGCAGAAGAAGCAGCUCGAAGGCCAAAAGUCACGAAGGCUGUAAUCAGAGUUCGGUUCCCUGAUAAUCAUACACUGGAGAUGCCAUUUCAAUCAUCUGAAAAGCUACAGAGCUUAUUGGACAUUCUUACGAAAGUGGUUGCUCAUCCAGGAAUUCCAUUCUAUUUAUAUACAACUCCUCCAAAGAAGCAAAUCAAAGACUUCUCAGUUGAUUUCCACUCAGCAGGCUUUAUCCCUGGUGCAAUUGUGUAUUUCUCAUACAACCUACCAAAAGGAGUGGAUGAGGCAGCUGCCAGUUCUGGUCCGUAUCUCCAAGAAGAGAUUAUGGCUUUGAAAGGGUUGGAUAUCAUUCCUGAACCAGUUGAGCCAGCUCGUUCUGCACCAGAACCAGUAACAACAGCACCUGCUGCUACUGCUCCACCCCAAGAACCCAAGUCCGCCGGCAAAAAACCUGCAAAACCCAAGUGGCUGAAACUAUGAUCUGAUUUGCUCAGCCGGUUAAGCCCUUUGUAACAACGUCGUAACUGUAAAUGGGGGGGUGAACCAAUAGGGUUUAUGAGGGAUGAAAGCCAAGUUAAUAUCGGAUGUGAAUUUGGGUUGGUUUCUGGAGUUGUGUAAGGUGGCCUUGAUACUGGACAAUCAUAUCGCAGUUACUGUUAGAACAGUGUUGGUGUCCUUCAUCGAAGGCAGUGUCGUGCUUGGGAAUGAAUGAUGCUUGUUGUGAUUUGUGAGUACACAUGAAUGGUUCCUCACUGUCGUCCAAUCCCUACCCGAGUUGCCGGCCGUUUUUUAUGGUCCCGUCCGGUGGCCUUUAAGGGCUGGGAUUGGAUUGGAAAAUUGAGGAUCAGAACCCGGAUAAAAAAAAUCAUUUGAUCAUAUUUGCUCCAUGUCGUUUACAAUUAGAAAAUUAUAC